GUUUCCGUGGGAGGUAAUCCCGUCACUGGUUUCUUUUAACAACAAGGACCUCUCAAUGGACAACCUCUACUGACCUAGUCGAUUUGCGGUGGCAUUUCUUUUGAAUGUGUUGGCUAUGUUCCGGUGUAUCCCAAUCGGGCUAAUCGUCACUCGAUCUGGCCAUCAUUGCCGAAGAAAGCUCAGUGGGCAAGUAGCUCUCACAGGCCUUCAACCCACUGGCAUACCUCAUCUCGGAAAUUACCUCGGUGUUAUCAAACCGUGUGUGGACUUGAAAAAAUCCGGAGUCCUCUCUGGUCUGUUACUUCUUAUUGCAGAUCUACAUGCUCUUACUUCAAUGAAAAGCACCUUGUUAUCAGAGGCCGUGUGGGACUUAGCAUGUGUACUGUGCGCCUGCCUGGAUGAAGGUGAAAACCCUAUCUGUUCGAUUUUCCCACAGUCUUCUGUUCGAGGUCAUACUGAGUUAGCUUGGAUCCUGGGGUCCUGCUGUUCUAUUUCCUUUGUGGAUUUGUCUGGUGGCGUUUCUUGGUUACUCGUUCUUCUCCUUCUUCAUCCCAAGAGAUUAGCUCAUCUACCUCAAUGGCGAGACAAGUCGGGUUUGCAUUCUGUGAAUGAGCAAGCGCCACCGCACGCCAAAUGCAAGCAAUCGCCUGACUCAGCUCCUGCUGGCGCGUGCGUUGGCCUCUUCACCUAUCCUGUGCUUCAAGCUGCUGAUAUUUUGUUGUAUGGUGCUGACGUCGUUCCUGUUGGUGCGGACCAAACAGCUCAUAUUGAGCUUGCGCGUGAACUCGUCCGCUCAGCAACCACAAGGUGGCCCGCAUUAGCGUCCAUCUUACGAAUCCCUACUGGUUUGGUCCUAGGCGCCCCAAAAAUCAACAGUCUCCGUAAUCCCACCAAAAAGAUGAGCAAAUCUGAUCCGUCUGAGGGUGGAUGCAUCUACCUAACAGAUUCACCUGACCAGAUCCGUCUGAAAGUCCGGCGUGCCCAAACCGAUUCCCAGCUCGGAGUCAGCUACAAUGCUGAAGAUAGACCCGGUAUCGCCAAUCUACUCCGCAUCCUGUCUGCCUUGGAGGUAAGAUUUGUUGGACUGGAGCUUACUGUUCCCGUUUCCAACCAAGUUGCAGAAAUUCUGUACAACGGGU